AUGAAGUUAAUUCAACAUGAUCAAAAUUGUCUAACACUUAUACAGACAUUUAAAGCACGUGGAUUAUAUUUUACAAAGUUUUCUGCGCCAUUAAUUGAGGAUAUUGCUGCGCUUAAACCUCGUGAUGUUGUAAACCAUGUUUGUUCAGAAGUAGGAGCUGAAGCGUCAUAUAUAACAGCAUGGAGAAGCCUGACUGCUAAUAAAAAAUGCAAGGCAGAAGAAAUAGACAAAAGUUAUCAAUGUAUAAAACCAUUACUUAAUCAUUUACUUGCAACAAACCCGGGAAGUAUUGUUUCAUUUGAGACUGAUGCUGAAAAUCGAUUUACUCGUGCAUUUCUUUGUCUACAACCAUGGAUUAAGGCUGCUGAACAUAGUAGAACUUUAUAUACCCUUGAUGCAUACCAUUCAAAAUCAAGCUAUAAGGGCAUGUAUUUUUGUGCAAACGCAAUUGAAGGUGAAGAAAAACUUGUUCCAAUAGCAUUUGCUAUUGGAUCUGCUGAAAAUUCAGAUAAUUGGUUAUGGUUUUGUAAAAACUUAUAUAAAGCUCUUCCAAUAAUGAAUUUCAACGAAUCAGUAGUCAUAAAUGAUCGUGAAAAGGGUAUUAUAGAUGCUGUAAAAAUGAAACUUCCUAAUGCUUUUCAUGCAUAUUGUGUAUGGCAUAUUGAGAAAAACAUUAACACGAAAUUUCGAACAAAACUUGAAGGCAAAAUUUGGGCUGCAGCAAAAUUAUUGCAUGUAGAAGGUUUUAACAAGGUUAUGGAAGAAAUUUCUAAUCUGCAUACUGAAGCUGCUACUUAUCACAAUGAAAUACCUUCUGAGACAUGGACUCUGUGUAAAUAUCCACGAAAUAGAUUUGGACAUCUCACUUCUAAUGUAUCGGAAUCUUUUAAUUCUUGGUUAUAUGAUGAACGUCUUACAGAACUGUUUGAAGCAAUUAUUUUACUUAUACGUAAUGUCAACACGCUUUACUACAAUCGUCGCACAACAUAUUCCUCAGUGAAGACAAUUUUACUACAAACUACUACUCGACAACUCCAAUCUGUUAUUGACAAAUGUUGUAACAGGAUAGUGCAUCAAACUAAUGAAUCAGUUUUUGAAGUAAAGAGUAACGAUGACAAUUUUUGUGUUGUAGAUCUUGCCUUAUUAACCUGCACUUGUCAACAAUUUCAACAGUACCGAUUUCCUUGUAUCCAUGCCUGUGCCGCUAUUCUCAAAACUCACCAGCAGCCAUCACAAUUUACACAUUUUACAUACUACACUGCUACUCUUCAAAAUGUUUAUAAAGAGUCUGUUCAGCCUGUGGAUGUAAAAAUGUGUCUUUCCGAUAAUCAAACAUUACCUCCAGCAACAAUUAAACAAGCAGAUCAACCACGAAAAAUUCGGUUACACAGUUAUGGAGAAGUUGCUCCAGAAAAUCAAAUUACUUGCGAAAAGUGUGGUAAAAAAGACCAUAAUUCACGUACUUGUGGCCGGCGACAAAAAAAAACAAUUAAGAAAGUUUAA